AUGCUUCGAGACUUCGCGGUCGAGGCGGGCUUCGCUGUGAAGGUGGAGGACUCUACGCUGUUCACUCAGUUGGAGGCGGCUCGAGCGAGACUGCAGGGACAGCGAGUGGUAGGAGAGGGGACACGGGCUGGGGGACUGCUGGAGCAGAGGGGCGAGGGACAACCGAGUAGCGGGGGACAGUGGGGACAGCAUCAGCUGCGGGGUCGGGUGGCGAGAGGAGCAGCGGAUCCACAGCGGGAGGGGAACGUGCAGCUGAGACGGGCGACCCCCACACAGAUUGGAGUGGCAGCAGCUAGGCGGGUGCACGAGAAGCUUCACACCCCCUGCCCCCUCAUGCCAUCUGCUCCCCCUGCCCCUAACCUCCGCAUACCCGCCCCCUCGCCGCCUCCUUUGACCCUCCCUGCCCCCCUCGCCGUUUCCCACCGCCCGCCAUUCGUUCCUCCCCGCCUGUGCCCUCCCCUCAUUUACCUUCUCCUCCCCCCUCCCCUCCUCCGCUGCACGCUUCUUCCUUCCCCUAGCCAACCUACUCCACUCCCUUCCCCUCCUCAAUCCGCACCCUGCCCCUCGUUUCUCGGCCCCCUGCGCUUGGUUUCUCCCCUCCCUGCCCCUCGCCGCCUUUCUCCGUUCCCCUCCUCCCCCCUCUCCCCGCUCCCCCACUCUCCCCCCCUUGUCCUUGGCUUCCCACCUCCCUGCCCCAUGUUUCCCCCCUCUGUGUGCUCAGCCUCUCCCCUCCCUGCCUCUCCCUCCUCCCCGCCCUGCCCCUCAUUUUCCGCUCCCCCACGCCCGGUUUCUCCCCUCCCUGCACCUCCCUUUCUUUCUCCGUGCCUCUCCCUUGUUCCCUCCCUGCCCCUGGCCGCCCAUGCCCCUGUCCUUGGUUUCUCCCCUCCCUGCCCCACGUUUCUUCCCUCCCUGACCUCACCUUGUACCCUAUCUGCCCCUCCUUUGUUUUCCCCGCACCCAUCGCUUCUCCCCUCCCUGCCCUUGAUUUCCCUCACCCCUGCCCUUGUUUCCUACCAUCCACGCCCCCCGUUUCCGCCCUUUGUACGUUCAGCCUCUUCCCUCCCUGCCCCUCCCUUCCUCCCCCCGUGCCCUGUGCUUUCCCCUUGCUACGCUGCCUUCUCCCCCUCCCUACUGCCCUCUCACCACCAUCAGCCCAUCCCCACCCCCAGCCCCCCUCCCCACCUUCCCUCUCCCCUUCCCCCCCCCUCCUCCCCCCCCCCCCCCCUCUCCCUCUCCCUCUCUCUCUCUCUCUCUCUCUCUCUCUCUCACUCUCUUUCCCCUCCCCCCCCCACCCCCCACCCACAUCCUCCCAUUCUGCCCCUCCCUGCCCCUGUUCCACCCCCUCGCACGCCCCUCACCUCCCACCUCCGUGCAAAUGGUUUCCCCCCUGUGGUGCUUCCCUUGCAUCGCUCGCCCCUCUGCUCACCCGCUGCCCGCCCUUUUCCUUGCCCUCAGCUGGCCCAGCCCCUGCCCGUUGCUGCCCCUCCCCUUGCCCCCUCAACUCCCCUGCCCCCCGUACACCCCACUCCCGUCGAACCGCCCCCGCCCUCCCCCGGCUGCCCGGUUUCGCUCUCCACCCCCCCGACCGUGUGCGGCUUCCAACCGCCCAACGGUGGUGCGCACGGGGCGUUUCUUUGCACGGGCAAGCCUCCCCGGGGGGGACCCACCCCGCUGAGUUGUUGUUCGGGCAAAAAAGUCAAAACAAAAAUAUCGGACGCGCUAAAAUCGUCCUUUCUUUUUCCCGCUUGCCCCUCCCCGGCACGUGCCGAGCAAGGGGCAUAA